CUAAAUGACCAUGCCGUGUUUGUCAACAGAAUAAAGAUAAGCAUAGACAGCCCAGAUAUCACCGACAAUGUCAGACGAAGGAGCGCACGUGCUUUUGGGCCUUUCGGCGGUCUCCCUCGCGCGAUGGCUCGCCUCUGUAUGGUCCAGCCGGAUCAGGAGGGACAGCUUUGUUCGGGUGGGGAAAGUUUCAGAGUUAAAUAUAUUCCCCGUGAAGUCCUGCCCGGGAAUUCCUUUACAGACGGCCAAGGCAGAAAUCACAGGUCUGGUGUGGGAGGAUAUGUACGACAGGCAAUGGAUGUUGGCAAGACCAAACGGAGACUUCCUGAGUCAGCGUCAUUAUUCAAGGAUGGCCUUAAUCCGAGUAUCCAGUCACAAGGACGACAUCCACCUAGAUGCCCCGGGUCAAACCACCCUAGUAUUAAAGAAAAAUCCUCCAGUUGACAAAUCGAGAUUCAUAAUGACAAGAGUAUGGGGUCUCCAUGUUCUAGGAAUGGAUUGUGGAGACGAGGCUGCUCAUUGGUUCCAGAAAUUUCUCCAGACAGAAGAGGGCGUUCGAUUGGUCGUGUCUUCUGGAUCUAUGCCAAAAAAAGAUUCAUCAAAGGAAAUCAAACCUUGGGGAAAUCCUGCACAGCCUGGCGAUCUGGCCUUGUUUUCUGAUUUUGGUGGCUUUUUGGUGAUGAAUGAAGCAUCGUUAGACGCAUUAAAUGAACGUCUAGAAAAAAAGGUCACCUUCAGAACUUUUCGACCCAACAUCGUCAUAUCCGGUUGUGAAGCUUUUGCCGAGGAUUGUUGGGACGAAUUAAGGAUCGGGGACACGAAUCCACUCUCCUUUAGAAUCCUGGAUCCCUGCACUAGGUGUGUUCUAACGACGGUGAAUCCGGACACAGGAGAGAGAAAUAAAGACAGACAACCCCUGGAGACCCUCAAACAAUUUCGCUGUUUCCCCACUUACGGAAAUGACCCGAUAUUUGGGGUGAACGCCGCCUUAGACAAUACUGGGAGCAUAAAGGUGGGUGAUUCCGUGUACGCCUUACGAAAACGUAGCAGCAGCUAGGAAGUCGGCCGCAUAAGCUUUCCGAAAAUGGGAUUGGGGAGUUCCGAAGAAUUUUCUCAUUGAGGAGGGUUCAACAACUUCCAAGGAGCGGAUCAAAAAAUACGCUGAACUGCAUUGAAAAACAAAGAAGCAUAAACCAAAGUUCUGUACAAAUUGCUUAGUGAAAACAAUUUCUUGAAGUCUGAUUUAUAUAAGUGGACUGGAAUAUAUGAUGUUGUAAAUUUUCUUUUUAUAGAUUUGAAAUAAAAUGUAGAUUUAGAGUGCUGUU